AUGGCUAUUCCUAGUCAUAACCAAGGCAUUGUGCCUGAUGCGACCCAAACAGGUUCCCCCUACGCACCUUCCGAGACUGACUCUCUUUUUUCUACUCCCAUGGACCAGGAAGUGGAGCAGUGGAUGGUCACCGAUGCGAGCCCUCCCAGUGCACAGUCCGAAGUCGAUGCCUUUCAGCCACUAACUUCGACACAAGCCCGAAUUGAUCACGAGGGCCCCGAUGGAUUACCUCAUACAACAGAGACUUUCCAGCUUUAUGCAGCCCUUUGGGACAGUUACAACAAGAGGACUACCGAGCUACGACGUCUGGAGGAAGAGAAUUAUAUGCUUCGUUCGGUGAAUAUCCAACUGUGUCAUCAACUCCAAACUUUUGACCGUCGUAAUGUUGAUCAAGGAGCAAUGUUAGCAUACUCGGAACAGGGAUUCAAAAAUUUCCGGAAUGGAAUUAGGGCCGUUCUCGAGGCAUGGGAGAACAGUCUAUCCAAGAUUGGUUCCUAG